AAUCAAUACAAAACUCACUUAACCAGGCAUACCGGCCGGUUGGAAGGGGGGAAAAGGAAAAAUGAAGCAGCGUUUCUCUUCUCUCGAUGUUAAAGUUAUCGCUCACGAGCUAUCCACAAGCCUCGUGUCUCUUCGGGUUUCCAACAUCUAUGACUUAUCCUCUAAGAUCCUUCUUCUCAAGUUCGCAAAGCCUGAAGUCAAGAAACAGCUGCUUAUAGAUUCCGGUUUUCGAUGCCACCUUACCGACUUUGAGCGAACCACAGCUCCCGCACCGUCCGUAUUCGUACAAAAGCUGCGCAAGACCCUAAAAACCCGACGAGUCACGGCAGUGUCGCAGAUCGGCACCGAUCGUAUCCUCGAGUUCCAAUUCAGCGAUGGCCAAUACAGACUAUACUUGGAAUUCUUUGCGGGCGGCAACGUUAUUUUAACCGACGGCGAGCUCAAGAUCUUGACACUGUUGCGAAAUGUUCCAGAGGGAGAAGGUCAGGAGCCACAACGCCAAGGUCUUGCAUACUCCUUGGACAACAGACAGAAUUAUGGAGGUGUCCCACCGUUAACAAAAGAGCGUGUGCGAGAUGCACUUCAGACCACUAUUCAGAAAGCCGCCACCUCAGCUGCAGCGGGCAAAAAGAUCAAGAAGAAGCCGGGCGACGAGCUACGGAGGGGGCUUGCUACAACUAUCCUCGAAUUUCCUCCGAUAUUAGUCGAUCAUGCGAUGAAAGUAACUGGAUUCGACUCGAGCGUGAGCCCGUCUACGGUACUCGAACACGAGGAACUCCUUGAUAACCUAUUGAAGUCGCUCGCGGAAGCGCAAAGGAUUAUCCAAGAAGUGACUAGCACCGAUAAAAGUAAAGGAUAUAUUCUAGCUAAGACCAGACCUGGCGCAGACUUUGUGCCCGCGGAGGGAGAUCAACCAGAAAAGCGCAACCUCUUAUACGAAGACUUCCAUCCGUUUCUGCCUCGACAGUUCGAAGAAGAUCCGGCUUACACUGUGCUUUCUUUCGAUAGUUUCAAUAAGAUGGUAGAUGAGUUCUUCUCUUCUGUAGAAGGUCAGAAAUUAGUGUCAAAAUUGAACGAAAAGGAAGCUGCCGCUAAGCGAAAGCUGGACGCUACCAAAGCCGACCAUGCCAAACGGAUCGAGGGUCUUCAAGCGGUCCAAACACUCAACAUCCGCAAGGCUAAUGCAAUUGAAGCAAAUGUUGAGAGGGUUCAAGAAGCGAUCGAUGCCGUGAACGGGCUGAUACAACAAGGAAUGGACUGGGAGGAUAUUGGUAAGCUCGUCGACAGAGAACGCCGACGGAACAAUCCCGUAGCUUCCAUCAUAGUUCCCCCAUUAAAGCUUGAAGAGAACACUAUUACUGUGCUACUCGGCGAAGCUGAAGAAGAAGAGGACGAUGACGACGACGCAUCCGACACUGAUUCAGUAUCCUCGGAUGAUAGCGGCUACGCUGGGACGGAGGCAUCUGCACGGAAAGCUCGAGAGAAUCGACUCAAGGUUGACAUUAACCUUGAUCUUUCUCCAUACGCCAACGCAAGAGAAUAUUACGGCGAGAGGAAAAUUGCUGCUGUAAAGGAGCAGAAAACGGUUUUGCAGUCAGAAAACGCACUAAAGAAUGCAGAACAGAAAAUUGCAGCAGAAUUGAAGAAAGGAUUGAAGCAGGAGAAGCCAGUGCUACACCCGAUCCGAAAACAGUCAUGGUUUGAGAAAUUUAUAUGGUUCAUCUCCUCUGAUGGAUAUCUGGUUCUUGGUGGCAAAGAUGCCCAGCAAAACGAGAUGCUCUAUAGACGAUAUCUGAAGAAAGGGGAUGUUUAUGUGCAUGCGGACCUUCAUGGCGCCCCAAGUGUGGUGAUCAAGAAUACCCCGAGCACACCCGAUGCUCCAAUACCACCCUCAACCUUAUCGCAAGCCGGAUCUUUGGCGGUCUGCGCUUCAUCCGCUUGGGACUCAAAAGCUGGUAUGGGCGCAUGGUGGGUGAAUGCAGAUCAAGUAUCAAAAUCAGCUCCGACCGGAGAAUUCCUCGGUACGGGCAGUUUCAUGGUACGAGGGAAAAAGAACUUCUUACCUCCUGCGCAAUUAUUGUUAGGUUUAGGUCUGAUGUUCAAAAUCAGCGAGGAAAGCAAGGCGAAGCAUGUUAAACAUCGUCUUUAUGAUCUUCCUGAAUCUUUAUCGGGUGGACAAGCUUCGACGGCUAAUACUGGUAAAGCCCCAGAUAACGCAGGGGAAGGGACCAGUGCGGACCACGACGAGAGUGACUCUGAGGAUAGUGCUAUAGACGUUGAAGAAGACGCCGAUCCGAAAGAAAAUCCACUUCAGUCUACAGACCAGUACGAAGAUGAAGAUGAAUCUCCAGACCCAAUUCAAGAGAACCCGCUGAUCCAAGGAACUGAAGAUUUCGCAAGAUCUGGGGAACCCUCAACUUCGGCAGUUCCGGGGUCUGCAUCUCACAUUCAAGAUAACGAAUCUGAUGACGAACAAAAUGAUAAUACGGAGGUGGCAACGGAAGCUGAUUAUACAGCUGUGACCAAAGCGAAUAGUCCGGUUCCCGGUUCUUCUGGCAAAUCCACCCCUCAACCUCAAAAGAAGGGCCAACAACCUAAGCGAGGACAACGUGGCAAAGCCAAAAAGAUCGCAUCCAAGUAUAAGGACCAAGACGACGAAGACCGUGCUGCUAUCGAAGCAUUAAUAGGUGCGACAGCAGGGAAGCAAAAGGCCGAAGCCGAGGCGAAGGUGAAGGCAGAACGUGAGGCGCAAAAGGCGGCUACUCUCGAGCGUCGUCGGGCGCAACAUCAACGGCAGCAACGUGAGACAGCUGAACACGAGGAAGUUCGCAAGAUGAUGCUCGAAGAGGGAAUCGAGACUCUUGAUAUUGAGGAGGCGGCCAGUUUGACGCCCCUGGACGCCCUUGUCGGCACCCCGCUUCCUGGUGAUGAGACCCUUGAGGUCAUUGCUUUGUGCGCUCCCUACAGCGCGCUUGGGAAGUGCAAGUACAAAGUAAAGAUGCAGCCCGGUGCGCAGAAAAAGGGUAAGGCGGUCAAGGAGAUACUGGAAGCAUGGAAGAUGGCCUCCACGAAAAAGGGUGUUGUUGAUGAGAAGAGCUUGGAUAAAGAGAAGAUGUGGCCCCGAGAGGUGGAACUUUUCAAGGCUCUCAAGCCUGAGGAGGUUAUCAAUGUCGUGCCUGUUGGCAAGCUGAGGGUGAUGCUGAGUGGAGCGGGUGGAGGUGGAGGGGAUGCAAAAGGGAAGGGGGGCAAUAAAGGAAGUGCAAAUCGUGGCAAGAAGAAAUAGUUAACCAUGUGGUAUAAGUCUAAUAGAUGUGUAAUGCCUAUUAGCUCCUUGGAUGACAGUGAGCUUUGAUACCUCGUAAAAGUAUUGAUGAAGAAGGGCUUGGUAAAUGCGUCUCGAUAGCAUACGACGUUUUUGUUACUUUCUGCAAAAUUUGAACUAGCGAAUUGCUAUAAGUUAUCACACAUUACUAGUUGACGAGUUGUAUACAUGUAUAGAAAGAUUAGUUUAUUUAUAUACUUUCAUAAACAGCUACCAUAUGCCAUGCAAUGGCGGC